UGUUCAAUUACCGCGACUUCACGUCGUGCGUCAUAAAGGUUUGUUAUGUUUCGGCAUUUCUAGUUAGUUCAUAGUAUCACUGUAAUAGGAAAGGACCACAAAAUACAGAUGUAUAUGUCACAGCAAAGAACUAUGUUUUCUGGUGCUCCAGCCUUUGGAUAUGGGACCAACCAUAAUAAUUACAAUCUUACCACUGGAGAACAGGGUAUACAAACCCCACAAUCUUGUUACUACAACUCGCCAGCUAGAUAUAGCUUUAACAACUAUCCAAGAACUCCAAAUCAAAGUUUUUCGAACAGUUGUAGUUACUCAUCACUUCCCCCAGUUCCUAAUGGUGUACGACCGCAAAAUAAUUUUUACAACGAUUCGUUCCAAUCAAAUUACGCGAGCAGAACUGGUUUACACGCUGAAGGAUUGCUUCACAUUCCUCGUCAUCCAGCCAGAGAUCUUCCUGAAGUUGAUGAUAAACCCAUAUCACCAGACCCUGAUAAUAUGACUCAAUGUAAAAUGGCAAAGAAACGUAAAGAACGUACAGCUUUCACAAAGCAUCAAAUUCAAGAAUUGGAAAACGAAUUCAAUCGUAAUAACUACUUGACACGACUACGGCGAUACGAGAUUGCUGUGAGUCUUGACCUAACCGAAAGACAAGUUAAAGUUUGGUUUCAAAAUCGCAGAAUGAAAUGGAAACGAGUCAAGGGAGGAAAAAAACCCGAAAAAAAAAUACCAGGGGGAUAUUAUUCGCAGGAUCAUAAUGGACUAGAAAACAUCGUUCCCGAAAUGAGAACGAACUUUUAACAUUCUUACAAUGUGGGUAACAUCACACUACGAGCUCAAAUGUGGCAACACAUUUUAUGAACAAGAAUGUAAGCCGAAUUACUUCUGAAUCCAAAAAUUUGAAGACUCCUCCAAUGAAGACAACAAAAAUUUACCUAUACUACCAAGAAUCAUAAGGACAUCCAAAGCUUAUCAUAUAUUACACCUAGUGAAGGCAUUUUGUUGGAUAAUACUGAAGAGCAUAUAAAAAUUAGUUUCUAGUUUUAAAGUCUUAACUGUAAAUAUUUUUAGUGAAAUAUCUUAGUGUUGCAAUGUUAAAGCAGAAAUGAUGCAGCUAAGAAAAAAUACAGCAAAAACUUAAACAUGAACAUGAGGAAAGAAUUUGUCUUGUACAAAAUUAACAAUUGUUAUUAUAAUUAAAAAACUAAAUAACCAUGUUAA